UUUACGGAAGUAGCAACCCAGAAGUGGUUUACAUGAGAAAUACAGCACUUUGCCCACCUUUUUCUUGGUAACAUGCUAAUAUGCAGACAGAGGAGCAUGAUUCUGGUCUAAAGGCUGGUUUGUUGAAAUCUUGUGGGACAUUUCGUGUUCUUGUCGGUGUGACGGGAAGUGUUGCAGCCCUGAAACUGCCUGUGUUGGUAUCCCAGCUUCUUCAGCUCUCUGGGGUGGACGUAAGAGUAGUCACUACCGAACAUGCCAAGCACUUCUACAAUCCUGCAGAGGUCUCAGUAAAAAUCUACGAUGACAAGGAUGAGUGGGAGCUGUGGACUCAGAGGUCUGACCCUGUGUUGCACAUUGAGCUAAGGCGCUGGGCAGACCUUUUUGUCAUUGCCCCCCUUGAUGCCAACACUCUUGGAAAAAUUGCGAAUGGAAUUUGUGACAAUCUCCUGACAUGUGUGGUGAGAGCCUGGGACACCAGUCGCCCUCUCCUCUUCUGCCCUGCCAUGAAUACAGCCAUGUGGCAGCAUCCCAUCACAGCCCAGCAGGUAUCCAGGCUCACAGAGUUUGGAUAUGUGGAAAUCCCCUGCAUUGCUAAGAAGCUAGUAUGUGGAGAUGAAGGUAAAGGGGCCAUGGCAGAGGUAUCCACUAUUGUCAGUGUUGUCAAACAAUAUCUUCCGAUACCAGAUGAGUCAUCUCAGAAAACAUCCACGUAACAUCUUAUUGUAAAAUUAGGGUUGCACUAUACAAGACAAAUAUCAAAUAAUCCUGUUUGCUUGUCUUCAACAGACAUGAUAAACUGCUUUUAUCUAUUUGACCUCUUCUAGUUGGGAAUGUGUGGGUUUGUACUUACCUUCACUGACAACUACCUGAGUUUUGUUGCAUGGCCUGAACAUGCAAAUGUUCUUAAACCCAUUAACACACAAACACUUAAACACAUAUAAGUACAACUAUUUGUUAUUAUCUUCCUUUACUCAGCAAGUGCAACCUUUGCAGCAUGAUGAGCCAGAGUAGCAAGAAAGACUUGUUUGGGAGUGUCAUUUUAUCAAUGGCUAUAAAAACGAUUUAGUGCAGGGUUUUUUACAUAAAACGUCUAUACAUUAUUAAAUGAUACAGACAAAGAUAUUAAACCCUUAGCCAUUUCUGCUGUGACGCAAUAAUCCCAAUGUAUGAUAGUACAUUUCUGUGGUUCACAAAGCAAUAUUUCAUUAGUGACAUUUAAUCAAGCUCAUGUAAAUAAAUGGAAAAAUAUAGUUCAUGGUAUAACACUUGUUAUAGGCACAUCAUUUUGUACAAAUAAGAUCAAAUAAUAUUCCGUCUUUAAAAAAGUAAUGGUGAUCUAUGGGCUUGUCAUCGACACACUGUUGUGUCUUCGACAACACAAAUGGAAAAAUACUGUCGGUGUCAAAGGUGAAUGACAUUUGGAUUAAAAACUGAAAUUCAA